UCAAGCACCUGCUAACAAGGCUUGAACGAAGGAGAUCGGUAGUGAGGAAUAUUGUACAUAUUUGGUUGAAAAAAAUGCCUUGUUUACCAGUGAGGAAAAAGGUGAUACAACCUGUUGAAACACAGCCAAACAAAACUGUUAGCAGGUAUGGGGAAACUGAAAUACGCUUUGUCGGUCGUGGUUUACCGCAGCGAGACAUGUACAAGGGGAAACAGAAGGAUCUGAAUAGGGGCCGGCCCCUUCCUGAAGUCCCUCAAGAAGAAUUGAGACCAGAGGCCCCAGUUAGAAUCCAUCAGAUGCAUACACAAGUAGCAACGCGGCAACCAGAAUAUAAUCAGCUCGACACCUCCAUGGUUUCAUCAAAAGCACCAUCCGUGAUUUCAUCAAAACCACCAACAUAUAGGUCUUCUAAACCAAUAAGCCUGGACUUCUUUAUCAGUGUUCCAAUUUUCAAUGAGACAUUUAAUCACAGCUACCGCAAGAAGAAGGAGUAUGUCUAUGUACAUGGGCAGGAUGACGAAGGGUCGCUUUACCAUCAGUCUCUGCGUAGCGGUUCUAGCUUACGUGACCUUCGCAGCUCUGGCAGACAGAACACUUCACACUAUGAAACCAUCGAGGCAAUUAGGAGGCCGCGACCCUUGUCACAGCAUAGACCCAUGUCGCGAAAUGCUGCAAGACGGCCGAUGUCUGGAAGUGUUGCUUCGUACAACACUAUGUCCUCCCGCGGUACUUAUGGGUAUGAAUUGGAAACCUUCGAGAGACCUGUAGUCUUAAAAAAGGGCCACCACCAAGAUGGUAUCAGCCUCGACUCUGACGACGAAGAUACGCGUUAACCGUUUCAUCCUCUGAUACAAAUAUUUAUGCGUUUGUAGGCCUUUAGAAUAUUAAAAUAGACAAAAGACCUUUCUUACUAGAUUCAAGUGUUAAAAGCCUAACAUACAACCCUGAGCUGAGCGGUAAGCAGCAUGCAAUCUGAACAGACUAGGAGUUACUCGCAGGCUGGUAUGGUUUUAUGCUGGUUGCAUAUACAUGUAGCCAUUUUUAAUUCGCUGAAUAUGCCUUUACUUCUUAAUGAACCUUUAAUCAUAUUAUGCUCAAAUGUACAACUUGUAUCAAAUGAUACAUAAAAACUCUUAGCACUCAGCAUUUUGAUGCUAAAAUAACGUGUAAAACUUAAAAUCAUUACUAUUUAUGACACAUUAAUUUUCAUUGAUAUCACCAAUGGACCGAUCCAGGAAUUUAACACAUGAAAAUAACUGACGCAAAUUUCCUUUUUUAUUUCAAAUACAGAAAUCUUAGAAUUUAUGUGGCCAUUUUUUUAACCACAAAAUUUAUGCUGAAAAAUAUAUAUAGUUUUUCUCUAUACUUAGUAUAAGCUGUUAAGAAAUUGGUCAAAUGAUAUUUAUUUUAAAAUUUAUUUUAUUAAGGUGCUAAAGGCUUCACUUAUUAUGAAUGAUAAAUGUUUGUUAUAUAUAAAUACAGUAAAGUAGUCAAUUUAUAUUAAGUUGUUGUGGCAUUUGUUUAUGAUAUAAGGCAUUUUUUGUUAUUUAGGAUAAAUAAAAGAAGUCAUUUUACAAAAGUUGUGUACAGUGUUUGGUAUUUUUUGCAUUAUUAUGACUGAUUGGUAUUGAUUGAUUUUGAUAUUUAAAUGUCAAUAUUUUUUAUGCCCCCGGUAGGGUGGCAUAUAGCAGUUGAAAUGUCCGUCAGUCAGUAUGUCAGUAUGUGUGUAUGUCAGUCUGUCCGUCCGUCCGGAAAAACUUUAACGUUGGCCAUAACUUUUGCAUUAUUGAAGAUAGAAACUUGAUAUUUGGCCUGCAAGUGUAUCUCAUAAAGCUGCACAUUUUAAGUGGUGGAAGUUGAAGGUCAAGGUCAUCCUUCAAGGUCAAAGGUCAAAACAAACAAAAAAUCAAAGCGGCGUUCUCAUGAAGCUGCACAUUUUGAGUGGUGGAAGUUCAAGGUCAAGGUCAUCCUUCAAGGUCAAAGGUAAAAAAAAGAAAAAAAAUAUUUCAAAGCGGUUUUCUCAUUAAGCUGCACAUUUUGAGUGGUGGAAGGUCAAUGUCAUCCUUCAAGGUCAAAGGUCCAAAAAAAAUCAAAGCAGCACAAUAGGGGGCAUUGUGUUUCUGAAGAACACAUCUCUUGUUUAACUCUUAUUUAUGAAAAUCAGAAAAUAAAAGAUUUUUUGUUGAUGAUAGAAAUUUUCUCGGAUGUAAAUUAUGUAUAUUUUUUUUUUAAACAUUUUAUCGGAUUCUCUGUUUUUCUAUUUUUAUGAUUCUCUGUGCAUUACAGGUAUUUCAUAAUUCUGUUGUGUUUAUUUGGUAAUUUUGCCAGUUGUUCAGAUCUGUUGCAGAUCGUUGUUUUGUGUUACAUACAAUUUGUUUUGUAUUUAAGUAGUUUUUACUUUUUAGCUUUGAUUUUGAUGAUUUUUAAGUGUAUUUUGUAAGAAGAAAAUUUAUGCUCUAUGCUUAAUAUUUCAUUUGGAAGAAAACAAUUUGUUGUGUUCGUAAAUACUCAGCAUUCAGUAUUCUGCAAUUUGUUGUAGAUGUUCUUGUAUUUCAUCUUGCCUUUCUGAUAUUAUUAUAGUUAUGUAUUCAUCCCAUUCCUUUAGUUUCCCAUUUUGUUUCAGUUUUGAUAGUUUUAUUUAUAGAGAUAUGUUUACACAUAUAGUCCAAUCUGUGUGCAGCAGCCAGGCAAGGGAAGUGAUCAGAGUGGCUAUUUUAUGGCAGUUACUAUAUAAGUCUCAUUCUAGUUCAACGAAACAAACUCCAAAUUAGUUAAUAUCUCACCUCCUUCAAAAAUUACCUAAUCCAAUUGGCUUAGAGCGGUCACGUGCCCAUGGUGUAUUUUCCAUACACCCUGAGUAAUUUCCAUACACCCCUAGUAAUCGAGUAGCCUGUUGCUCUUGUAUGGUAUGAAAUUACUGAGGUUGUAUAUCUCAUACACCAUCAGUUACUAACAGUGUAGCUAAUUUAACGAAUCAUUUAAUAAGUGAUAAUUAUUUUUUUAAAUGUUCAUACUCUGUAUUUACGUCAUGUGACUAUAAGACUCAGCUGUUAUAAAUUUAUAAUAAGACUGAUUUUUGUUACGGGGAAUCAAGCCUGACUGCGUACGCAAGGUGACCGCCAUACAUAAAUGAACACUAAAUAAGGCUUUACUGUAGAGUAAUACACGCUUUUUCUUGCUCCGGUGGUUGGAUUGAUGAGACAGUCCUUUUGUCCAGAUAUCGUUUCCAAUCUGUAAUUUUUAAUUGUUUAAUAUGACUUAAUUUUAUUCAUUCCCAUCACGAGACAAUAUGCUGUGCUCAUCUUUCUUUGCAUAGAUGUAAAGGUCACAAUUACAGUGGCCAUACACUUUCACCACUCUGCAACCUGUUCGUGUAUGGUAGGAUUUUAAUACAACCAUAAUAAAUCCGUCCCAUUAAACUCCCAUGCUCCGUAAUCAAGGUAAUAUAAUUUUGUCUCCUCCCUUCAACUUUGUAUGCCCCCAUGUAGUGCCAAGUAUCAUUGUAUUUUACUUUUGUAAUACUUUUUGAAUUUUAUACAAUCUCUUUGUUAUAUAUUUAGGUGUAAUAAACUGUAGUAAAGAA